CAUUCUCAGUUUCUAUCGAAGUUUUGGGAUAUAUGUGCUGUCAAUUGGCUUCAUUCCAUCCCCCAUCACUAUCACCAAAGACUAUCCCACAGUCCACACUAUCCUUUCUAUUCCCAAACCAGAAACAGAAAAAAACUGUGAAUCUCAUCACCUCUUGUUGUUCAAUGUCGAGUCCCUCGAUCCCGCGAUGCAAAUCCGUUCCCAGCAUCCCAGAUGCUGCUAAACACUCCCCCUCGAGCUCGGACACGCAUGCAGCCUCAGUCAAGACCUCGAAAUCGGCCGAGUCCAUUGCCUCGGCCCUGCAAAAGAUCACAAGAAAGAAAUGGAAACCAUCUUCUUCUUCUUCCAAGAACUCCAAUCUGACAGUGGAGAACCUGAAGGAGUUUGACAGGAGAAAUGAGGUUAGAGAGGGGAAGAGAGAGCCUUCCAGCCCUUAUUACAGAGGGCUCACAGACCAAAAGAUUGGGAUUGAGAAACAGAAACUGGCAGAAUCAAGUCCCCUCAGGGAAUCUUUCUCAGUGGCUAUGAGUUCCAGGAGUUUUGUUAAGAUUCAGGAGCGGCGAAAUACGAGGUUUGUGGCUAAGGAAACAUCAUUGGCAAGAACACAGGUUAAGAGCAGAAAAACAGGAAAUGAACAAGAAAUGAAAGAAAUUCAUGGUCACAAUUCUAGUAGGACUGAUCUUUACACUUUGUUCAGUAAAGAGAAGCCCAUGAGGGAGAAAAUAUCAGAAACAACACAAUCCCAGAGCACAAAAACUCGAAAAGAACAAGGUAAAAAGCAGGAGAUUCACCACAGUUCCAGGACAGGCCUUAACGCUUCGAUGGGUAAGGAGAAGUCCUUGAGGGAGAGAGUAUCAGAACAGCUACCACCGCCAAUCACCGCCCCAUCAUUGCCACAACAGCUGCCCGAGCCAUUGCCCGCCUCACGCCCAUCACUGCCAUCUCCACCACCAACGCCACUCGUGCAGGCACCUGAGCAAGAAAAAGAAUUAUCUCCACCUCCAAAUCAGGAAAAAUCCAUUGCAGAAGUGGACGAAACAGUUGCAGAGGAAAACGAAAUUAAGUUCAUCUGGGCAGACAAGCACAGACCACAAGCUCUGAAAGAUUUCCUGUGCAACAGAGAUAUGGCACUUGAGCUACAAGCCUUGGCAAAAAACCAUUGUGAUAAGCAUUUCAUAUUUGAAGGGCCACCCGGAGUGGGAAAGAGAACGAUGAUUUUUGCACUGCUUCACGAAGUUUUUGGCCCGGAUAAAGUACAGGCUAGAGAGGAAUGCCAGGUAUUGUCUUUAAAGGGCGAAUCAGUGCCAAGCAUCCAAGUAAACGUAAAGGUAUCAAUGAGGCACAUUGAGAUCAAUCUCUCUGAAACUAAAGGCUAUGAGCAGCAUGUCAUUGUUGAACUUAUCAGAGGGAAAACUAACAAGCUCUCCGGUAUACCAUUCCCACGCAAUCAAGCAGACUACAAAGCAAUCAUAAUCUGCGAGGCAGAAAAGCUAUCAACAGAUUCGCUGCUUUAUAUCAAAUGGAUAUUGGAGAAGUAUAAAGGCAGUUAUAAAGUGUUCUUUUGUUGCAGUGAUGCAUCAAAACUCCAGCCUAUAAAGUCGACUUGCAAAGUUGUUCAACUCCGCUCACCUUCAAACGAAGAGAUUAUCAAUGUUUUGGAAUUCAUAGCUAAACAGGAAGGAGUCGAGCUUCCACGCCCACUAGCAGAAAAAUUUGCCAACAGUGCAAAAAGAAAUUUAAGACAGGCCAUACGAUCAUUCGAAGCAACCUGGCACCACAAUUCUUUGCUGAAGGAAGAUCAAGAAAUCAUGAAUGGGUGGGAGGACGAUAUUGCAAAGAUUGCCAGAAAUAUAAUUGAAGAGCAAAGCCCAAGACAGCUUUAUGAAAUCCGCAGGAAACUUCAGAAUCUGAUAGAGCACAACGUUUCUGCAGAGUUCAUUUUUUAUACUCUGGGAGAAGAGCUAAAGAAGAACUUGGACAAGCAGUUACAGAAUGACAUAGACAAUCUACAGCAGAAAUACAAAAGCCAGUUGAACGGUGAGGAAUCGGGUAACAUACAUAAUGAUCCAUUACGACAGACUGUGCAGCAGUUUAUGAAGAUUGAAGAAUUCAUAGCAAAGUUCAUGAGCUGGUACAAGACUAAUGUAGUGAAGAAAGGGAAGCGCUGACACGCCCCGUUCAGACCUGAAAAUAAUAAGUACUUA